UCGCAAACAACAAGGAGAGCUCCAUUAACAUCGUUUGAUCACGCGAGUUGUGUGUCAAAGGCUAUCUAGGACACCAACGUCUGUGUUUGGUUUUCUGAGGGUGGCAGGUACACUCCUGUCAGCACAUUUGUCUCCCGCCGACAAAUCGGACAACUUCGCUUCUCAUCAACCCAUCCAAAGACACAGUCCCGGUGAAAAGAAUGCCCACAGCGUAAUAUCGAUACACACUCGUCCAGGUCGCAGAGGCAGAUGGCACAUCUGUCGUCGCGGAUUGAUUCGUGUUUUUUGUCUGUGGUGGGCACCAUCAAGAACGUGCGAAGGGCGGCGGUCAACGCGGACGCGUCACUGCCGUGGAAUUUGGAUUGGGUCGGCUGCAAAUCGUGUGCAGCUCGAAGGUACAAGUCCAUGAGGCCUUGCGUCCACAACUUGAAGCAGACUGUGCGUUCGUGGACUACUUCUGGCAUGUCGACAUCAAAGUGCUUUUUCGGGAAUGGCAAUUGCAACACAGCACGAAGGUCGUGUUGGAAUGCACUGGGCUUUGCCGCCAUGGACUGGAGAUCAUUGCGCAGUCGGUGAAAGUCGGAGAAGCGCUUUCGAAUCGUCCACCACUGGUGGUUUGCGUGGUCCGACACGGUGAUAAAGUAGACUGUAAAUACACAGUUUGUGAAAAGCCUGGGCUGGCAUACUUUCGAUGCACGGAUGAGCUCCGUCGAGUCCGCCGCGGCAAUCGUGGCAAAGACUGACGAAGGAAGCGCGGGCGGCGGCGGCAGCAACACGCGCCUCGGAACCUUGAAUCGUAUCAUCGUCGAG